UUGGAUCAUACCCAGAGUGUCCUCUUGCCAUCCCUCGGUGAACCCUUGACGCUCGCCCUCAGCACAUGCGGGGCAUUCGUGUUCAGCCUUCCAUUAUACAUGCUUAGGCACGUCAUGGUGCACGUCCCUUCUGCAUCGCACGCGGUCUCAUUUGGUACACUGGCCGUGCUUGCCUUCCUCGCAUACACGUUGCUCUUCCAAGCUCCAAAAGCUUCACGGCUUUUCCAGAGCUCGACGCUCCCUCCACAAUAUGUCAUCGGGUCUUAUAUUGCGUCUUUGCUCACUUCCGUCGCGUUGGGUAUUCUCGUAUACGGCAAAUACCCAAGACUGACUGAUCUCAUUGUCGGAUCUCUACUUCUCUAUGGCGUCUAUCCAAGACCCAUAAAUUCCGUUUCCGUGUCACCCUACGCGUCGAGCUCACGACUCGUUCGAUCCUACCUGAAGACCAUAUUGUCAAACCCAGAAUCCAGGAAGAUAUUCUACUUCCUUGUGCUGAACAUGUGCUACAUGCUUGUACAAAUGGUGUAUGGCGUCUGGACGAACAGUCUGGGUCUCAUAUCCGAUGCGAUUCACAUGGCGUUCGACUGCAUGGCAAUUGGCGUCGGUCUCAUAGCAUCUGUAAUGGCUAGGUGGCCCCCGAACGAGCGUUUCACAUACGGAUAUGGCCGCAUAGAGACACUCUCCGGCUUCGCCAACGGAAUCUUCCUCAUUCUCAUCUCAGUAUUCAUCGUGUUCGAGGCUAUUCAGCGAUUAUUGGAACCGCCCGAGAUGAACACCAGUCAACUAUUGCUGGUUAGCUCAUUGGGGUUGGGUGUGAACCUCUUCGGGAUGUUUGCUAUGGGCGGACAUCAUCAUGACACCCUGGGUUCGGUCGGCGUCAUCGUGUCCACGCUGCUGAUCCAGUGGUACGGCUGGACGGGCUUCGACCCGAUCGCGUCGCUCUUCAUUGCCGUGCUCAUCGCGGCGAGCGUGAUUCCGCUCGUGAUCGACACCGGCAAAGUGCUCGCACUCGACCUGUCAGACCGCGAGGCGCGUAUCCGGGAUACCCUCUCAGAGGUAAAGCAAUGCAGUGGCAUGAUCCGAACAGUGUUGAAUAACUAA